AUGCAUCAAAUCAUUGAUGAACUCACUCAGACGCGCACUUCAAUACUCAAAGCAACGACUCCAGAAACAGCCACCUUCGCCAACACUCUUCUUCCCUUGGCGCAAACCGAAAAUGCAAUUCAAGGCCAGCUAGCCAUGAUCGACAUGCUACAGUACGGUGCUCCAUUACGGGAGACUCAGGAUGUCGUCCACUCCGCCUUAAGCGUCUAUGCCGAAGCACAGGCGGCAUGGAUCGCCAACGGCGAUUACUUCCGUCUACUGCAGGCUGUCCGCGACAAUCGAGAGGACUUUGAGUCAUUGGAUGCGGAAUCGCAACAUUUGCUCGAACGUGAGUUGACUGUAUACCGAAUGGCAGGGCACGGGGAGCUGGAUGCGGAAGAGGUGGAAGGCUUCUUGCAGGAAGGGGCAAACAUUGGACAAAUAGAGAGGAAGUUUCAGGAGAACCUAUCAAGGGAAGAUGGGGGCGUAUGGUUUACACCGGACGAGUUGGAGGGAGUACCAGCGAGUGACUUGGGGAAGUGGAAGUCGGAUGGUGAGCAAGGAAAUGAAAAGCUAUUUGUGCCCUUUGCGAAUGGAGGUACACUGGCAGUGUUGACCUAUGCUCGUCGCCCCGAAACGCGAAAGAAGAUGUUCUUGGCCGACAAUCAGAAGCUCCAGAGCAAUCAGCCAUUAUUCGAGGAGAUCAUUCGUCGACGGGCUCGGCGGGCCCAUCAAUUGCAUCAUUCCACCCACGCCGAGUAUCGACUACAGCAACGUAUGGUAAAGGAUCCGGAAUGGCUAGGUGGGUUUCUCAACAACCUCAAGAACACACUCUGCGCCCGCGGCAAAGAUGAAAUUGCGGUGUUACAGCAGAGGAGGAUGAAGGAUACAAAAGACAAGUGUGACACAAAUGGUGUGGGUUUUCCGCCGUGGGAUAAACCCUAUUACAUGCGGUUAGUAGAAGAGGAAGUUGCGGUUGACCAGCUGCAGCUAUCCGAGUUCUAUCCCCUCGAACAAACAGCCAUGGGAAUGCUGGGUAUUUUUGCCUCUGUUCUGGGUCUCCAGUUCGAACCUGUCGAAGCCGAGAAGGAGUCUCUCUGGCAUGAGUCCGUCCGGGUAUUCUCUGUCUGGGAGAGUACGCCCGAUAAGCCGUUUAUUGGCUAUCUCUACUUCGAUUUGCUAUGGAGAGAAAACAAAUAUCGCGGUAACCAAAGCGUGAAUCUCCAAUGUGGCUAUCUCCGCCCAGAUGGCAGUCGGCAAUACCCUGCCACAAUCCUCAUGUGUUCCUUCCCUACUCCCACCCCCACCGGUUGUGCCUUGCUCAAGCACCAUCAAGUGGUAACCCUUUUCCACGAAAUGGGUCAUGGAAUCCACGAUCUCCUUGCACGAACAAAGUACGUCCGAUUUCACGGCUACCGGCUUCCCCCUGACUUCGGAGAGAUGCCCAAGAAUAAUUACCUCAUGGAGUGGCGCAAGCAACAUCCCAGCUCACCCGAUCCGCCAAAGAAAAUUCCGGAAGAUGUAGUCGAACGCCUUAUUAAGCAUCGUUACCUGAAUCGAGGGCUUUAUCAUUUGUAUCAGUUGUCAAUCUCCAUCUUCGACUUGCAAAUCCAUAGUCUCAAGAAAGAUGCAGAUAUUUCUGAUCUGGAUGUUCAGAAGCUCUGGUAUGACCUCCGUGAGGAGAUUGAAAGUAUGGACUUCUCCGAUUGCCGAGACGGCUAUGCAUUUGGAACGUUCAGUCAUCUGACAGCGGGCUAUGAUGUCUGCUACUAUGCUUAUCUCAUCUGCACGGCAAUGGCCCAGGACGUCUUUCUUUCUGUCUUUGCUGAAGGCCCAUUCCAAAAGGACAAGUGGGAGAAGUACCGUCGCGAGAUUCUGCAAAACGGUGGCGGCCAGCAAGAUUUGUUUCAGAUGCUGGAGAGGUUCUUGGGUCGUCCUCCAAAUAUGAAUGCCCUUGUGGAAGGCUUGAGGCGAGCAGACAGUCAACAUUAG